GAAGUGAAAAGAAGAUGGCGGAGGGUGCCGAGAAGCCCGCCGGAGCCGCGGCUGCUCCGGUGUCGUUCGGUUUCACCCGAACAACCGGGAGGAGGCGUUUUCUUUUUGUGACUGGGCAGGAUGGCAGCGAAGCGAAGCAGGAACCCGAUUUCCUGUCCGCCAUUGAAGGGCGGGAAUUGCAAAGCGUUCGGCCAGCCCCACAACCAAAAGAACUUGUUAUUCCCCUGAUCCAGAAGAACCAGUGGAAGAAGCCAGCGGGCUCUGUGCCCCUGCAGGAACAGGAUGGGAUCAACGGUGUUGAGGCCCAAGCCGUCAGAGAGCUCAUUGAAGAAUCAAAGAAGUCACAGGAGCAAUGGGAGAGCGGCACCAAAGUGGACCCUGCAUUUGCCAUCCCUCUUCUCAUGCAGAACCGUGUGCCCGAUGGCUACGAGGAGGGAGAGAAAGUGGAUGUGAGCCUUCGCCCGGAAUCGUCAACCGACGCAGAUUAUGAGGAGGUGCCAGUGGAAGCCUACGGCCUUGCCAUGCUGAAGGGCAUGGGCUGGAAAGCAGGCGAGGGCAUCGGGCGGACCUUUAAGCAGGAUGUGAAGCCCCCGGAGAAUCGCCUCCGGCCCAAGGGCCUGGGCCUUGGUGCAGAUCGCUCAGCAGCCCAGGAUCUGCAGCCCUCGGGACCACGGCGCCCCCCGAAGCCAGGCGAGGAGCCUUCAAAGAGCAAGGAGGAGCCUUUGGGAUUGGUUCCAGGCGGUGCGGUCUUCAUUGAAGCUGGGCCUCACAAGGAGCUGUAUGGAAAGAUUGAAGGCGUAGAUGGAGAUAAUGCUCGCGUCAUGGUGAAAUUGGCCAUUGGUGGCAAAACAGUGACUGUGAGUCAGCAUGGGGUUCGGCCUGUGACGCAGAAGGAAUAUGAUAAGCUGGCCAAAGAUCUAAGCCGCCUCAGCAAGGCCCACAAAGAGAAGGAGACGGAACAGAGAAAUGGGGCCAAGCAUGACGUGGAUAACAGAGCCCCAGAAGACAAAAAGGACAGGGACAGAAGGGACAAGGACAAAAAGAGGAAGCUUCCGGCAGGUUCUGACAGAGAUGACCGUGCUGGCAAACAGAGUAAGGGUGAAGGUGAUGGCAGCUGCAGCAGCAAUAAUGCUUCUUCUUCCAGAGCUCCUCACUGGUUGCGACGAGACCUACGUGUCCGCUUUGUGGAUAAGGUUUACAAGGGGGGUAAAUACUACAAUACGAAGAUGGUAAUUGAAGAUGUUCUCAAGCCAGACACGUGUGUCUGCCGAACAGAAGAGGAUCGGAUUCUGGAUGGGAUCCAUGAGUCCAUGCUGGAGACGGUUAUCCCUCGGAGCGAUACAACCUGGGUCAUGGUGGUGCUGGGGGAGCAUGCUGGCCGGGUGGGCCGCAUUCUGCGCCGAGACAAGGAGCAGAGCCGCGCGCUGGUGCAGCUGCAGCAGGACGAGGAGAAGCUCCUGACCCUGGACUAUGAUGCUGUCUGCCACUACGUUGGUGGAUCAGAGGAUGACUGAGUUUUGCAGCCCCUCCGGAAUGCGCAACAUCGGCAGGACAGAGGAACGCCUGAAUUUAUGGUCAAGGAUAGGGACAGCCUGCAACUUGUCAUGUUCGGUUGGCUGGGAGCCCUGAGCACACCAGUGGACUGUGAACGGAACAAGGCUUGCCUCCACACUCAAGGCGGAUGCCUGCAUCAUCUCCACAGUGUUCUAGAGUAUCACUUUUUAAAUGAACACGAGAGAUGCGGUUACUUGGGUUUUUACCAGUAAAAGGCACUGAUUUCUGGUUCUGAAACCAACAGUGGCACUCUAGAACAUGAGUAUCCACAAUUGCCAAAGGCGAGAACAUACACCGUGAAUGAAAUCUAGAGCACAGCCAACAGUUGCUGGUCAACUCUGGUUCUAGAACCAGCAAGAAAUGAGGCUGGGCCUAGAACAAAGCAGUGCACAACUGUCUGACUCAGAUCCAGUAUUCUCUGAGCUUUCAUCGAUGAGUCAUACUUUUUGGGUCUGUAUUUUUAAGCUCUAGGCUGUGCUCUAGAGAAGAGCUACUGCAGUUUGUGUCAUCUAUUGAAAUACGGGGGCGGGAAGUGUGUUAUUGUAUGUGUAAGAGUUUUUGCUCUUAAAAUAAACCAAAAAAUGCUCCCAAGCAUUCAAGGGUGGAAUCUAGGGCUUUCUUUUCUUUUCUGGACCUUUCAGAAUGGCACGUAUCAGUUUCAAGCAACUAAUAGGCAGAAGAGACGAUUGCUAGAAUAUACUGGGUAUUGUGCAAAACUUAUGCUUUUUCUCUAGGCAACAGACUGGGCUCUUAGCAGGGCAUACCCAAAAGAAGGGUGUAGCGCUUGUUUUAAAUCCUAGAGCCGGGGUGGGGGACCGCUUUCAGACCAGGAGUUGAAUUCUAUUUUUGGAGAAGCUCUUGGAGGAUAGGGGAGUGGAAUUCCAGUGGCGGGUGGGCCCCAAAAUAUCAACAUAUUGUAGUUUAAAGCUUUUACUGCCAGCAAAUAAGCCUUAGGAGAAGCUUAGACUGGGGGAGAGAAAUAGUACAAAAGAUAGGAAGCAACUAAGUGAUUGGUGGUCCUGGGGAAUUGGGUUGGGCCAGGGAAAGGGGCGUGGCUAUCUUGGAAAUCCAAGAGGGCAGAGGGCAGCCCGAGGUUCCCCACCCCCUGUUCUAGAGCAGCCAUUUGGGAUUCUAGACCAGCACAGUUUUGAGCAUCAAAGAACACAUACUGAUCAUCUGAACUGAGUGUCUGUGCAUUCUGACGUUUAGAAAGCUCUUGUUUAACUUGCCCCUCUAAAAGCAGUGUGUGAGGACAUGAUCAUGUUAACUACAGUGAAAAUGGACUUAGUGGGAUCUAAGUACCGUGUCAAUUGGGUUUCACAGGUGGGAUUACAUUUUUAGUUAAAUUGUGCCAUAAGUUGUAAAUAAACCCCAUAUUUUCCCUCCUCUU